UGGAAAAUGCUCAAAUGAUAUAGCCUGAUUUUCUUGCAACCCCCUCUUGGAGCUCUUUCCAGCGCGCCCCUCCCCAAAUGGGGGCGCAGGCUGCUAAAAGCUGUUGUCCCGAGAAGAGGCAGUGACGAGGAAAACACACGUGUUGGAAAACUUAUUUAAGAGGCAGCCAUGGCUCCCCCUGGACUCCCAACUUCUGCAAAGCUGCUGCAAAGUGGCGCUCUCCUGGCUUGCAUUGCGAGAGUUUCCUUUUGCAAUCCCACCUCGGAGCCACUUGCAGCUACCCUCGGAUUAGGGGUGGGGGUGAAGCCUGCUAUGUGAAGCGGAGGAGAAGAGCUAAAAGGAGGUCCAGACUGGCUUACAGUCAGAGGUUUGUUUUUCCUUUGAUGAGUGUCCUCACCGCACUGAGGAGGCCACCAGCUAUUGCGUGGCUGGCUGCAAUCGGGCGUGUGCCACUGCUGCAGGGGAUAGGUGUGUGUGACUGGCCUCUGGGGGGCCCUUUGAGGCUGCGGGCCACUCCCCUUCCCUAAUGGAUGGCUCAUCUCACCCGGCACUGGAGGGUCUUCACUUGACUGCUACCCACAGACCUGGGUGCUUCCUUCUCCGGGCAUGUUGGGAAGAGCCAUAAGAGCUGAAGCAAUGGCAUGGGAGACAUAUUCAUCUCUUCUUUCUGGUAGAGUGGAAAGAGAUGUGAUGCAGCCACCUCAGCAGCUGGUGACCUUUCAGGAGGUGGCGGUGUACUUCACCAAGGAGGAGUGGGACCUUCUGGAUCUAGACCAGAAAGCUUUGUACAAGGAUGUCAUUCUGGAGAACUUUUGGAAUGUCUUCCUUCUGGAGAUGUUGCAAACUGCUGAACUUGUGGAAGACUACAGUGUGCUGCAUUUGCCUGUUGAAGAAAUGGAAACUCGGACUGCUAAUCAUGACAAGAGACCGAAACGAAAAGAGAAGAAUGAUGCUCAAAAGUGUCGGUUGAAGAAAGCAAGGUUAGAGAUGGAGGCCAAGCUACCACAGAUUGUGUCAUUUUUCACAAUGACCAGCCAAGACACUUCAUUGGAGGACAAUAAGGUGACUCAGACUGCAGAAACUGCAACAGUGAGUGACAUCUGCCACGGCUCUGGUCCUGCAGAAAAUGAACAAAGUGAACAUGCAGCAGAUAUCACAGCACAGCAGUCAAUAACUACCGAGCAGAUUCAAAAGAGAGGAUGUGAAGGAGAGUCCAGAGAAUGUGUUAACAAGACGUUUAAUGUGGAUUUGAUCUCCAAACAAUUUCCUACUGACAAAGAACUCUUCAGUGAACCCCUUAGUUCAGAUGAAAAGAGCUUCAUUGUUUCAAAUGGACCGUGCCAGCCACCAGGUCCAUUUCCACAGCAUGGCAAGUCCAACAGACGUUUUUCAAAACGUUUUUAUUCAUCAUUUAGUAAUAGUGGUCUAAUACUGCAGCGGACAUGGCUGUGCUACUCGCCAACUUCAGACCAAGCCUACUGUCAACCAUGCUGGCUUUUUUCUCAUAACCGAGAGGGAGGAUGGGUGAAAGGAAUUCGUGAUUGGCAUAAUCUGAAAAAGAAGAUAGAAGUCCAUGAAGGUGCUGUUGGCCAUCAGGAGUGUAUCGCUGUUCUGGAUCACUGGCAGCUGAAAAAAACCGUGUCGGCAGACGCAGAAGCUGCGAUCAGGAAAGAGGCAAACUUCUGGAGGCAAGUGCUUGAUAGAAUCAUCAAUGUUACACUGACCUUGGCUAUGUCUAACCUGGAAUUUAGAAGUCACAGGGAAGAUGUGAGCUCAGGUGGAAACCAUGGAAAUUUUCUCUCCAUCAUCACAUUACUUGCAAAAUAUGACCCUGUAUUACAACAAUUGCUAAAUAUUCCAGAGCGAGAAGUGAAUUACCUGAGCCCUAAUGUGCAAAAUGAACUGAUUAAUAUACUCUCACAAAGCAUCAAGGAAGGAAUAGUAAAGGAUGCCAACAAAGCUGCAUUUUUCUCUGUCAUCAUAGAAACAACGCAGGAUGCUAGAAAGACUGAUCAGCUCAGCCAGGUAGUCCGCUUUGUUUCUGUUGAGACAGACGAAAAGGAUCAGCCAGUAGAAAUAAAAAUACAUGAAACAUUCUUGGGCUUUCUGGUGGUGGAAGAUCAGUCUGCAUCUGGCUUCACACAGAGUCUUUUGAACACUAUGGUAAGCAAUAAACUGGACCUCUUAAAAUUGCGAGGCCAAAGUUACGAUGGAGCUGCAAACAUGAGUGGGGUCUACAAUGUUGUGCAAGCUAGAAUUCAGGCUCUACAGCCAAAGGCAACUUAUGUGCAUUGUGCUGCCCACAACCUAAACCUAGUUUUGAAUGAUGCUGUGUCCAGUGUUCCAGAAGUAAGGAACUUCUUUGGAGUUGUGGAAAGAAUCUACAUUUUCUUUGCACAUAGCAUCAAGCGAUGGCAUACAUUAUCCCUCUUAACAUCUCGAUAUAAAACCACACUGAACAAACUUUGUCCAACCAGAUGGUCUUCACUUCAUGAGGCUCUGGUAGCCCUUCAGUGCCACUUCACAGAUAUCCUCAAAGUGCUUGUUGAAAUCAUUCUCCUAAGCAAGAAGGAAGAUGAAAUCUCAGAAGCCAAAGCUCUGAAAUCCAAAAUGGAGCAGUUCCCGUUCGUUUUCCUUGUCGUGCUGCUCUCUAACAUUUUAGAACCUGUUAAUGCUGUUUCAAAGAUGCUACAGUCCCCACAAACUGACCUCAGCAAAGUUGCAAGCUAUCUCCAAACCAUUCAUGCUAAUUGGCAAGAGAACAAAAAUAAUUAUGACUCCUUCCGCAAAACUGCAGCAAAAAUGUCGGAAACGUGGGGCAUCUCCCAGGUGUUUGAGGAGCAACGCAUGCGAAAGGUGAAGAGCUUUCAGGACGAGUUAUGCGAGGAUCAAAGAUCAACAUGUGCAGAGGACAGAUUUCGAGUCAAUGUGUUCCUCUGUGUACUGGAUAUAGCUUCCUCACAGUUGAAACAACGCUUUGAGGGCCUACAUGAGGUUGUUACUACCUUCAGUGCUCUUCACCCAUCCACACUGACAUCAGCAACUGAUGAGGACUUACUUCAAGCAGGAGAGGUUUUGGUCAGGAAAUAUGAUAGGGACUUGAAAACUUCUCUUCCAAGACACUUGAUACAGUUCAGACAUUUAUUGAAAAAAGAAAUUUCCAAAAAAACCACCAUAAAGGAAGUUGCUGAACUGCUGAUGAUUGAUCAUUGUGGCCUUAGCUGCAGUUUCCCGGAUGUCUGCACUGCAUAUAUGCUUUUCCUGACCCUACCUGUAACAGUAGCAUCUUCUGAGCAAUCACUCUCAAAACCGAAACUUAUCAAAAACUAUCUGAGGAGUUCUAUGUCUCAGGAAAGACUCAGUGGCCUUGCUCUGCUAUCCAUUGAAAAUGAACAAGCCAAGAAGUUGGAUAUACAAAAGAUCAUAGACAACUUUGCUGAACUGAAAGCACGAAAGAGGCCAUUGCUUUAAGAUCUGGAUGGUGGUGUGGGAUAUCAUCGUAUAUGGGGGGGUUGUGAGAUGUCAUAGCUGGGAUACGUAAUAAAGUUCUUCAUUGAUA